AACUGCCCGCCCCGUCCCGCCUGCCUGCCCCGUGCUCGCCUCCUAGAGCUCAUUCCCCUCGCUGCCGGCUGCCCCGACUCUGUCCUGGACAGCGUGCCCACCAGCCACUGCCAGCCAUGGCAGGGCCUCGGGGCCUCCUCCUGCUCUGCCUCCUGGCCUUCUGCCUUGCAGGCUUCAGCUUCGUCAGGGGGCAGAAGGUGCGGUCCAAACGCUGCGACACGAUGACCAAGUAUGUCACUCACGUGCCCUGCACCUCCUGCGCGGUCAUCAAGAAGCGGGCGUGUCCUGUGGGCUGGCUCCGAGAGCUCCCAGAGAAGAUAUCCCAGGACUGCCGCUACGAGGUGCAGCUGGGGGACUCUGUGGUGUCCAUGCCGGGCUGCAGUCGCGAGUGCUGGAAGGACGUGGUGCAGAAGGCUUGCUGCCCCGGCUACUGGGGGUCCCAGUGCUACGAAUGCCCCGGGGGGGCUGAGACCCCAUGCAACGGCCAUGGGACCUGCCUGGAUGGUAUGGCCAGCAACGGGACCUGUGUGUGCCAGGAAAACUUCAGUGGCUCAGCCUGCCAAGAGUGCCAGGACCCCAACCGGUUCGGGCCUGACUGCCAAUCAGUGUGCAGCUGUGUGCACGGCAUGUGCAACCAUGGCCCUCUUGGGGAUGGAAGCUGUCUGUGCUUUGCUGGAUACACUGGUCCCCGCUGUGACCAAGAGCUGCCUGCCUGCCAGGCCCUGCGCUGUCCCCCGAACUCCCAGUGUUCUGCAGAGGCCCCCACCUGCAGGUGCCUGCCUGGCCACACCCAGCAGGGCAGUGAGUGCCGAGCGCCUGACCCCUGCCAGCCAUCACCCUGCUCCCCACUGGCACGGUGCUCGGCGAGCCCCAAGGGGCAGGCUCAGUGUCACUGCCCUGAGAACUACCACGGCGACGGUAUGGUGUGUCUGCCCCAGGACCCAUGCACCAUCAACUUCGGUGGCUGCCCCAGCAACUCCACCUUGUGUUUGUACCAGAAGCCAGGCAAGGCCUCCUGCACCUGUCGGCCAGGCCUGGUCAGCACCAACCGCGGCACCUCUGCGGGCUGCUUUGCCUUCUGCUCCCCGCACUCCUGUGACAAGUCAGCCACCUGCCAGCUGACCCCCAGUGGGAAGACCAGCUGUGUGUGCAAGGAAGGCGAGGUGGGCGAUGGGCGUGCCUGCUACGGACACCUGCUCCACGAGGUGCAGAAGGCCGGCCAGAUCGGCCUGGUGCCCCUGUUGCUCAGACCUGCCGUGGCCAUGCUGGACCAGGGCUGCCGGGAGAUCCUCACCACGUCAGGCCCAUUCACUGUGCUGGUGCCGUCCUCCAUCUCCUCCAGGACCUUGAAUGCGUCCCUGGCCCAGCAGCUCUGCAGACAGCACAUCAUCGCAGGGCAGCACAUACUGGAGGACAUGGGGACCCAGAAAUCACGACGGUGGUGGACGCUGGCCGGGCAGGAGAUCACCGUCACCUUCAGCAGCUUCACGAAAUACACCUACAAGUACGGGGACCAGCCCCAGCAGACGUUCAACAUCCAAAGGGCCAACUACGUAGCAGCCAAUGGGGUCUUCCACUUGGUCACUGGCCUGCGGUGGCAGCCUCCCUCUGGGACCUCUGGGGAUCCCACGAGAACUAUCAGCCAGAUCCUUGCCUCUAACGAAGCCUUCAGCCGGUUUGAAACCAUCCUGGAGAACUGUGGGCUUCCCUCCAUCCUGGACGGACCUGGGCCCUUCACAGUCUUCGCCCCGAGCAACAAGGCCGUGGACAGCUUGCGCGAUGGCCGCCUGAUCUACCUCUUCACAGCUGGUCUCUCCAAACUGCAGGAGCUGGUGAGGUACCAUGUCUACAGCCACGGCCAGCUGACCAUUGAGAAGCUCAUUGCCAAGGGUCGGGUCCUCACCAUGGCAAACCAGGUGCUGGCCGUGAACAUCUCUGAGGAGGGGCGCAUCCUGCUGGGGCCUGAGGGGGUCCCACUGCGGAGAGUGGAUGUGCAGGCUGCCAAUGGCGUGAUCCACAUGCUGGAGGGCAUCCUGCUGCCCCCAACCAUCCUGCCCAUCCUGCCCAAGCACUGCAGCGAGGAGCAGCACAAGAUCGUGCCGGGCUCCUGUGUGGACUGCCAAGCCCUGAACACCAGCAUGUGCCCCCCCCACAGUGUGAGACUGGACCUCUACCCCAAGGAGUGUGUCUACAUCCAUGACCCUACUGGGCUCAAUAUGCUGAAGAAGGGCUGUGCCAGCUACUGCAACCAGACUGUCACGAAACUUGGCUGCUGCAAAGGAUUUUUUGGGCCUGACUGCACACAGUGUCCUGGGGGUUUCUCCAACCCCUGCUAUGGCAAAGGCAAUUGCAGUGAUGGAAUCCAGGGCAACGGGGUCUGCCUCUGCUUCCCAGACUACAAGGGUAUCGCCUGCCACAUCUGCUCCAACCCAAACAAGCAUGGAGAUCAGUGUCAGGAAGACUGCGGCUGUGUCCAUGGUCUCUGUGACAACCGUCCAGGCAGUGGGGGUGUGUGCCAGCAUGGCACAUGUGUCCUGGGCUUCACUGGCCGCUUCUGCAAUGAGACAGUGGGGGACUGUGGGCCCACGGGGCUGGCCCAGCACUGCCACCUGCAUGCCCGCUGUGUUAGCCAGGGGGGUGUCGCCAGAUGUCUCUGUCUCGAUGGCUUUGAGGGUGAUGGCUUCUCCUGCACACCCAGCAACCCCUGCUCCCACCCAAACCGUGGAGGCUGCUCAGAGAACGCUGAGUGUGUCCCUGGGGCCCUGGGCACCUACCGCUGCACAUGCCACAAAGGCUGGAGUGGGGAUGGCCGCAUCUGUGUGGCCAUUGAUGAGUGCGAGCUGGACGGGCGAGGUGGCUGCCACACAGACGCGCUCUGCAGCUACGUGGGCCCUGGGCAGAGCCGGUGCACCUGCAAGCUGGGCUUUGCCGGGGAUGGCUACGAGUGCAGUCCCAUCGACCCCUGCCGGGCGGGCAACGGUGGCUGCCAUGGCCUGGCCACCUGCCGGGCAGUGGGCGGAGGUCAGCGGAUCUGCACAUGCCCCCCUGGCUUUGGGGGUGAUGGCUUCAGCUGCUAUGGAGACAUCUCCCGGGAGCUGGAGGCAAAUGCUCAGUUCUCUGGCUUCUACCAGUGGUUCAAGAGUGCUGGCAUCACGCUUCCUAUUGAUGGCCGAGUCACAGCCCUGGUGCCCAGCGAGGCUGCGAUCCGUAGGCUGAGCCCCGAGGACCAAGCCUUCUGGCUGCAGCCGAGGGUGCUGCCCAAACUGGUCAGGGCCCAUUUUCUCCAGGGCGCCCUCUGUGAGGAAGAGCUGGCCCGGCUAGGUGGGCAGGACGUGGCCACCCUGAGCCCCACCACGCGCUGGGAGAUUCACAACAUCAGUGGGAGGGUCUGGGUGCAGAAUGCCAGUGUAGAUGUGGCUGACCUACUUGCCACCAACGGUGUCCUCCACAUCCUCAGCCAGGUCUUACUGCCUUCCCGAGGGGACACGCAGGGUGGGCUGCUGCAGCAGCUAGCCUUGGUGCCUGCCUUCAGCCUCUUCUGCGAGCUGCUGCAGCGCCACAGGUUGGUGUCCCAGAUUGAGGCCGCCACCGCCUACACCAUCUUCGUGCCCACAAACCACUCCCUGGAGGGCAACAGCAGCAGCCUGGACGCAGACACAGUGCGACACCACGUGGUCCUGGGGGAGGCACUCUCCGUGGAAGCCCUAAGGAGGGGGGGACAUCGCAACUCCCUCCUGGGCCCCGCCCAUUGGCUCGUCUUCUACAACCACAGCGGCCAGCCUGAGGUGAACCACGUGCCUCUGGAAGGCCCCGUGCUCGAGGCCCCUGGCCGCUCACUGUUUGGCCUGUCGGGGGUCCUGACAGUGGGCUCCAGCCGCUGCCUGCACAGCCACGCUGAGGCCCUGCGGGAGAAAUGCGUAAACUGCACCCGGAAAUUCCGCUGCACUCAGGGCUUCCAGCUGCAGGACACACCCAAAAAGAGCUGUCUCUACCGAUCUGGCUUCUCCUUCUCCCGGGGCUGCUCUUACACGUGUGCCAAGAAGAUCCAGGUGCCCGAUUGCUGCCCUGGCUUCUUUGGCACACUGUGUGAGCCAUGCCCAGGGGGCCUUGGGGGAGUGUGCUCGGGCCACGGGCAGUGUCAGGACAGGCUCCUGGGCAGUGGGGAAUGCCGCUGCCACGAGGGCUUCCACGGGACAGCCUGUGAGAUGUGUGAGCUGGGCCGCUAUGGGCCCAACUGCACUGGAGUGUGUGACUGUGCCUAUGGGCUGUGCCAGGAGGGGCUGCGAGGAGAUGGAAGCUGUGUCUGUAAUGUGGGCUGGCAGGGCCUCCGCUGUGACCAGAAAAUCACUGGCCCUCAGUGCUCCAAGAAGUGUGACCCCAAUGCCAACUGCGUGCAGGACUCUGCCGGAGCCCCCACCUGCGUCUGUGCCGCGGGAUACUCAGGCAACGGCACCUACUGUUCAGAGGUGGACCCCUGUGUCCAUGGCCACGGGGGCUGCUCCCCCUAUGCCAACUGCACCAAGGUGGCGCCUGGGCAGCGGACAUGCACCUGCCAGGAUGGCUAUAUGGGCGACGGGGAGCUGUGCCAGGAGAUUAACAGCUGUCUCAUCCACCACGGGGGCUGCCACAGUCAUGCCGAAUGCAUCCCCACAGGCCCCCAGCAGGGUGCUGGCCAGCUCUUGGCUCCCAGAAGCCCCACUGAUCAGGAUUUGGGACAGGUCUCCUGCAUCUGCCGAGAGGGUUACAGUGGAGAUGGCAUUCGGACCUGCGAGCUCCUGGACCCCUGCUCUCAGAGCAAUGGAGGCUGCAGCCCUUAUGCUGUGUGCAAAAGCACAGGGGAUGGCCAGAGGACGUGUACCUGUGACACAGCCCAUACCGUGGGGGAUGGUUUCACCUGCCGUGCCCGAGUUGGCCUGGAGCUACUUCGGGAUAGGCACGCCUCAUUCUUCAGCCUCCAUCUCCUGGAAUACAAGGAGCUCAGGGGCGACGGGCCUUUCACAGUCUUCGUGCCUCACACAGAUCUAAUGGCCAACCUGUCACAGGACGAGCUGGCCCGGAUCCGCGCACACCGCCAGCUCGCGUUUCGCUACCACGUGGUCGGCUGCCGGCAGCUGCGGAGCCAGGAGCUGCUGGACCAAGAGUAUGCGACCGCACUGUCAGGGCACACGCUGCGCUUCAGCGAGAGGGAGCCAGGGGGCGCCUCAGCGGAAGGGAGCAUCUACAUCAAUGACUUCGCGCGCGUAGUGAGCAGUGACCACGAGGCCGUGAACGGCGUCCUGCACUUCAUCGACCGUGUGCUGCUGCCGCCUGACGCGCUACACUGGGAGCCUGACGCUGUCCCAGUCCCGCGGAGAAACGUCACUGCUGCCGCUGAGAGCUUCGGUUACAAGAUCCUCAGCGGCCUCUUGUCGGUGGCUGGACUCCUGCCCCUGUUUCAAGAUGCUUCCCAUAGGCCCCUCACAAUGCUGUGGCCCACAGACUCUGCCCUGAGAGCCUUGCCUCCUGAUCGCCAGGCCUGGCUGUACCACGAGGACCACCGUGACAAGCUGGCAGCCAUUCUGCAGGGCCAUGUGAUUCGCAAUGUCGAGGUCUUGUCAUCUGACCUGCCCAACCUGGGCCCACUCCGAACUAUGCAUGGGACCCCCAUCUCCUUCUCCUGCAGCCGCGCCCGGCCAGGUGAGCUCAUGGUAGGUGAGGAUGAUGCCCGCAUUGUGCAGCGGCACUUGCCCUUUGAGGGUGGCCUAGCCUAUGGCAUUGACCAGCUGCUGGAGCCACCUGGCCUUGGUGCUCGCUGUGACCUCUUGGAGACCCGGCUGCUGCAACGGAAGACAUGCAGCAUCUGUGGGCUGGAACCACCCUGUCCUGAGGGUUCACAGGAGCAGGGCAGCCCUGAGGCCUGCUGGCGCUACUUCUCAAAGUUCUGGGUAUCCCCUCCGCUGCGCUCUCUGGCACUACGUAGCAUCUGGGCACGGCCUAGCCUCUGGGGCCAGCCCCAAGGCUGGCGCAGAGGCUGCCAUCGCAACUGUGUCACCACCACCUGGAAGCCCAACUGUUGCCCUGGUCACUAUGGCAGUGAAUGCCAAGCUUGCCCUGGCGGCCCCAGCAGCCCCUGUAGUAACCAUGGCGUGUGCAUGGAUGGCAUGAGCGGCAGUGGGCAGUGUAGGUGCCACUCAGGUUUUGCUGGGACAGCCUGUGAACUCUGCGCUCCAGGUGCCUUUGGACCCAAUUGCCAAGCCUGCCGCUGUGCCUCACAUGGCCACUGUGAUGAGGGCCUUGGGGGCUCUGGCUCCUGCUUCUGUGAUGAAGGCUGGACUGGGCCCCGCUGUGAGGUGCAGCUGGAGCUGCAGCCUGUGUGUGCCCCACCCUGCGCACCCCAGGCCAUGUGCCGUGAGGGCAACAGUUGUGAGUGCAGCCUGGGCUAUGAAGGGGAUGGCCGCAUGUGCACAGUGGCAGACCUGUGCCAGGAUGGGCAUGGUGGCUGCAGCGAGCAUGCCAACUGCAGCCAGGUAGGCACAGUGAUCACCUGUACUUGCCUGCCCGACUAUGAGGGUGAUGGCUGGAGCUGCCGGGCCCGCAACCCCUGCGCAGAUGGCCACCGUGGGGGCUGCAGUGAGCAUGCUGACUGCCUGAGCACUGGCCCGAACACACGGCGCUGUGAGUGCCAUGCAGGCUACGUGGGUGAUGGGCUGCAGUGUUUGGAGGAGCUGGAGCCGCCUGUGGACCGCUGCCUGGGCCAGCCACCACCCUGCCACGUGGACGCUGUGUGCACUGACCUGCACUUCCAGGAGAAACGGGCUGGUGUCUUCCACCUCCAGGCCACUGGUGGCCCUUAUGGCCUGAACUUCUCAGAGGCUGAGGCGGCAUGUGGGGCCCAGGGAGCCGUCCUUGCUUCACUCCCUCAGCUCUCUGCUGCCCAGCAGCUGGGCUUCCAUCUGUGCCUCAUGGGAUGGCUGGCCAAUGGCUCUGCUGCCCACCCUGUCAUUUUCCCUGCGGCAGACUGUGGUGACGGUCAGGUGGGCAUAGUCAGCCUGGGUGCCCGCAAGAACCUCUCAGAGCACUGGGACGCCUACUGCUUCCGUGUGCAAGAUGUGGCCUGCCGAUGCCGAGAUGGCUUUGUGGGUGAUGGGAUUAGCACAUGCAAUGGGAAGCUCCUCGAUGUCCUGGCUGCCACCGCCAACUUUUCCACCUUCUAUGGGAUGCUACUGGGCUAUGCCAAUGCCACCCAGCGGGGUCUCGACUUCCUGGACUUCCUGAACGACGAGCUCACCUAUAAGACACUCUUUGUCCCUGUCAAUGAAGGCUUUUUGGACAACAUGACGCUGAGUGGCCCAGACCUGGAGCUACAUGCCUCUAACAUCACCUUCCUAAGCACCAAUGCCAGCCUGGGGAAGUUACUCCCUGCCUACUCAGGCCUCAGCCUCGCUGUCAGGGAUAUGGGCCCUGACAACAGUUCCUGGGCCCCUGUGGCCCCAGGGGCAGUUGCGGUUAGCCAUGUCAUCGUGUGGGACAUCAUGGCCUUCAAUGGCAUCAUCCAUGCUCUGGCCAGCCCUCUCCUGACACCCCCACAGUCCUGGGCGGUGCUGGCACCUGAGGCCCCGCCUGUGGCAGCAGGUGUGGGGGCUGCGGUGGCUGCUGGAGUGCUGCUAGGCCUGGUGGCUGGAGCCCUCUACCUCCGUGCCCGAGGCAAGCCCGCGGGCUUUGGCUUCUCCACCUUCCAGGCAGAAGAUGAUGCUGAUGAUGACUUCUCCCCAUGGCAAGAAGGGACCAGCCCAACCCUGGUCUCUGUCCCCAACCCCGUCUUUGGCAGCCAUGAUGCCUUUUGUGAACCCUUUGACGAUGCGCUCCUGGAGGAGGACUUCCCCGACACCCAGAGGAUCCUCACAGUCAAGUGACGCGGCUGGUGCUGACGCAGAGGCGUGUGCAGGAAGGAGAUCACUUUUAUUACUUGUCUGGACAGACACCCAGAAUGGAUGACGGGGCAGGAGGGGCUGGGCGCCUGCCCCGACAAUAAAGGUGCCCUCAGCGGAUGUGGGCCAUGUCGCCGAGGAA